AUGUGUAGCGACAGAUCAAAUAGAUUUUAUCCUCAGCUAACAUCAAUAUUAGAGGGCGAUGACGAGGAUGAUGACGACGACGAGCCAGAUGGUGCUUUCACCUUUUCUGGUUCGACUAGUUCUGAUAAUGUCCUGUAUGAGGUGAAAUUGGAGCUCUAUGAUAAAGUAAAUGCAGAGGCAAGAAAACUAAACACGGGCGUUAGAAGCAUCUUCUGUGUUAUCGAAAAAGCAGAGAAAGGGUGGUGGAAGAAGCUACUGCGCAGUGAUGUAAAGCUACCUCACUACAUUAAAGUUGACUGGGAUAAAUGGGCGGAGGAAGAUGAAGAUGAUGACUUUGGAGGGAUGGACUUUUCGAAAUUUGGUAAUAUGGGUGGAAUGGAUGGUGAUGACGAUCUUGACGUUAGUGAUGAUGAAGAGGCCGAAACUACAAAGACUGAAGAUGGCACUGAAGCCCUAGAUGUGGAGAAAAAGGUUGAAGAAGUUUCAGAGAUCAAAGAAGAAACAGAAAAAGCUCCAAGCACCUGA